GCGGUGCUCGGCGGUGGCGACGAGCUGAGGUGAUUCCGAGCACACCGAGGGAGGCUCAGAGAGUAAACAAACCGGACAUCGCAUCGAAACACUCGCCGAGAUGGGGAACCGGGGCAUGGAGGAUCUGAUCCCCCUGGUGAACCGCAUGCAGGAUGCCUUUUCCGCCAUCGGCCAGAACGCCAACCUUGACCUGCCUCAGAUUGCGGUGGUGGGCGGACAGAGUGCUGGGAAGAGCUCGGUGCUGGAGAACUUCGUGGGGAGAGAUUUCCUUCCACGCGGUUCUGGCAUCGUGACUCGUCGACCUUUGGUCCUGCAACUGAUGAACUGUCCCACAGAGUAUGCCGAGUUCCUCCACUGUAAGGGCAAAAAGUUCACAGAUUUCGAUGAGGUUCGACAGGAGAUUGAGGGUGAGACUGACCGCAUGACGGGCGCCAACAAGGGCAUCUCGCCCGUUCCCAUCAACCUGCGGGUUUACUCCCCCCAUGUACUCAACCUGACACUGGUGGACCUCCCGGGCAUGACCAAGGUGCCCGUGGGCGACCAGCCAGCCGACAUUGAGGCUCAGAUUCGAGAAAUGUUGAUGCAGUUUGUCACCAAGGACAACUGCCUGAUGCUCGCCGUCUCGCCGGCUAACUCAGAUUUGGCCAACUCGGAUGCUUUGAAGAUUGCCAAAGAGGUCGACCCUCAGGGUAUGAGAACCAUCGGUGUGAUCACCAAACUGGACCUUAUGGACGAGGGGACGGAUGCCAAGGACAUACUGGAAAAUAAAUUGCUUCCGCUCCGAAGAGGUUACAUUGGCGUGGUGAACAGGAGCCAAAAAGACAUAGAUGGCAAGAAAGACAUCACUGUUGCCUUGGCCGCCGAGAGAAAGUUCUUUCUGUCCCACCCCGCCUACAGGCACCUGGCCGAACGUAUGGGCACGGCCUACCUGCAGAAAAUCCUCAAUCAGCAACUCACCAACCACAUCCGGGACACGCUGCCGGCUCUGAGGGCCAAGUUGCAGAGUCAGCUCCUCUCCAUCGAGAAGGAAGUGGAGGAAUACAAGAACUUCAGGCCAGACGAUCCGUCCCGCAAGACCAAAGCUCUGCUCCAGAUGGUGCAGCAGUUCUCCGUUGACUUUGAGAAGUGCAUCGAAGGCUCCGGGGACCAAAUCGACACGGCCGAGCUGUCCGGCGGCGCCAAAAUCAACCGCAUCUUCCACGAGCGCUUCCCGUUCGAGCUGGUCAAGAUGGAGUUCGACGAGAAGGAGCUCCGCAAGGAGAUCAGCUACGCCAUCAAGAACAUUCACGGCAUCAGAACUGGCCUCUUCACCCCGGACAUGGCCUUUGAGACCAUUGUGAAAAGGCAGAUUGGGAAGAUUAAAGAGCCGUGCACCAAAUGUGUGGAUAUGGUCAUGUCUGAGCUAGUCAAUACGGUUAGGCAAUGUACCAAAAAGCUGGCUCAGUACCCAAUGCUGAGAGAAGAGAUGGAGAGAAUCGUCACUCAGCAUAUCAGAGACAGAGAGAACCGCACUAAAGGCCAGGUGCUGUUGCUGAUCGACAUCGAGUUGUCGUACAUGAACACCAACCACGAGGACUUUAUCGGCUUCGCCAAUGCUCAGCAGAGGAUCAGCCAGAUGAAUAAGAAGAAAGUGGCCGGCAAUCAGGAUGAGAUCAUGCCGGAGAGAGGAGUUAACGAUCGGUUCAAGGUGAUUCGAAAGGGAUGGCUGACCAUCAACAACAUCAGCAUCAUGAAGGGCGGAGCCAAGGAGUACUGGUUUGUCCUCACCGCUGAGUCUAUGUCCUGGUACAAGGAUGACGAGGAGAAGGAGAAGAAGUACAUGAUGCAGGUGGACAACUUGAGACUGCGGGACGUGGAGAAAGGCUUCAUGUCCAGCAAGCACAUUUUCGCCCUCUUCAACACCGAACAAAGGAAUGUGUACAAGGACUACCGUCAGCUGGAGUUGGCCUGUGAGAGUCAGGAAGACGUGGACGCGUGGAAGGCCUCUUUCCUCCGAGCCGGCGUGUACCCUGAACGCGUCACGGACAAGGAAGCCAAGAGCGAUGGAGGCGACGAAAAUGGCUCGGACAACUUUAUGAACAGCAUGGACCCUCAGCUGGAGCGCCAGGUGGAGACCAUCCGCAACCUGGUGGACUCCUACAUGGCCAUCGUCAACAAAACAGUCCGCGACUUGAUGCCAAAGACCAUCAUGCACCUCAUGAUUAAUAACUGUAAGGAGUUCAUCAACGCCGAGCUGCUGGCCCAGUUGUACUCGUGCGGGGAUCAGAACACUCUGAUGGAGGAGUCCCAGGAGCAGGCGCAGCACCGCGACGAGAUGCUGCGCAUGUACCACGCCUUGCGCGAGGCGCUCAGCAUCAUCGGCGACAUCAGCACGACCACCGUCACCACCGCCAUGCCGCCGCCUGUGGACGACUCCUGGCUGCAGGUUCAGCGGAGCGGAUCCGGUGGAAGGUCUCCGGCUACCAGUCCCACUCCCAACCGCAGGGCGCCACCGGGCCCCCCUGCUCGCCCUGGUUCCCGCGGGCCUCCUCCCGCCGGUGGACCCCCGGUGCCCUCUCGCCCCGGGGCUUCUCCGGACCCUUACAGUGGACCCCCGCCCACCGUGCCCUCCCGGCCUAACCGUGCACCGCCAAGCGUGCCCAGAAUCACUAUCACUGACCAAUGAGGACUAACCCCUUCCUGCAAUUGAACCCUAGAAGAACUCUUUCGUUCCCUUCUUCAUGAGCGAGGCCUGGAUCCUUCCUCCUCAUCAUCCUCCUCUAUGCAACACCAACAAUUCUUUUUUUUUUUUUUGUUCAUGUCAAAUGAAAUGAAAGUUUUGAAUGAAUGAAUGAAUGAAUGGAAGGAACUGUUACUUGUUACAAAGAAGGCGGGAUGUGAUACAAAAAAGUGCAAUAUGUAGCAGGUUUCUUUGCUGGCAACAAGAAGAUGUUUUGUUUUCCUGCAAAAAUGAACAUCUUCACUUUUUUUUUUCUUGUCCCCUUCAUGAUUCUCUGGAUGAAAUGUUCACUCAUUGUUCUUCAAUAGUGGUGUGUUGUGUUUUGACCUUGUUCAUCAUAUCUUUGUUGCUUGUUCCAUCAUGUACAUACAAUAUGUGUCGUGCUGAUUAGAAGAGUGUGUAUUGCAGACAUAUUGAAGUGAUGUGUGUUUAAUAAUAAUAAUAAUAUUAAUAAUCAUGUUGGCAGGAUGUUUGAUACCAACAUUAGAUGUUUGUUUCCUCGUCCCCAAGAUAAUAAUAGUUUGUCCGAGUGUGGAUGAAAACAUGAAGGACCCUAUUUGUUCACUCAAUAAAAACUGCAGUAUACUGACUAACUAUACUUUUUUU